CCAUAGAACACACCGAACAAGCCCACAAACAUUUAAUUUUCGCACCAAGCGCCCCUAUAAAUUCUCUCGGUGGAAUUCAACAUUCAAUCUCCAAAACACAAAGACAAAAAUGGGGAUUUGGUUCAUCAUUCUCGUUUCCCUAUGCAUCUCUACUCUCUUGAUCACCUCUAUUUUUACCCAUUUUCGAAGCUCCACAAAGCUUCCACCAUGCCCACCUUCAUUUCCCAUCAUCACUCAUUUCCAGUGGCUCUGCAAAUCCCCUCUCCAAAUUGAAUCUCUUCUCCACAGUUUCUUCGCCAAAUAUGGCCCUGUCAUCACCCUCCCCAUUGGCAAUCGCCCCGCCAUCUUCAUUGCCGACCGCUCCAUUGCCUUCAAGGCCCUCGUCAUUAACGGUGCUCUCUUCGCCGAUCGUCCACCCACCCUACCCAUGACCAAGAUCGUCUCUAGCAACCAACACAACAUCAACAGCGCUCCUUACGGCCCACUCUGGCGCCUCCUCCGCCGCAAUCUCACUUCCAAAAUCCUUCAUCCUUCCCGUAUCAGUUCCUACACUAAAGCUCGCAAGUGGGUUUUGGAUAUUCUUUUCAAUCGCCUCCACUCUCAUUCUGAAUUUGGAAACCCCGUCUUAUUCAUGGAGCACUUUCAGUACGCCAUGUUUUGUUUGUUGGUGCUAAUGUGCUUUGGGGAUAGACUUGAUGAAUCCAAGAUUCGAGAAAUCGAGAACGUGGAGCGAGCGCUUAUAUUGAGUUUUUCACCUUUCGACAUUCUCAAUUUUUGGCCUAAACUCACUAAGAUUCUAUUUCGAAAACGCUGGGAAAUGCUUAUCCAACUGAGAAGGAACCAAGAAAAGGUCCUAAUUCCUUUGAUUGAAGCUCGAAGGAAGGUCAAUCAAAACAGAGUAAACAGAGCCCACACGGAAGAAGAAGAAGAAUUCGCGAUAUCAUAUGUGGACACAUUGCUCGAUUUGGAGCUAUCCCACGAGGACAAUAGAAAGCUUACUAAUGAGGAGAUAGUCACCAUAUGCUCUGAGUUCCUCGUCGGGGGCACCGACACCACCUGCACGGCUCUGCAAUGGACAAUGGCGAAUAUUGUGAAAAACCCAGAAAUCCAGCACAAGCUCUUCUCAGAAAUGAAAGAAGUAAUGGGAGAUGGACCAGGGAAAGAGGUGAAGGAAGAAGACUUGGAGAAAAUCCCAUAUCUAAAAGCUGUGGUUUUAGAAGGAUUAAGAAGACACCCACCAGGACAUUUCGUGCUACCACACACAGUGACAGAAGACACGGUGUUGGAAAAUUACGUGAUACCAAAGAAUGGGACAGUGAAUUUCAUGGUAGCAGAGAUGGGUUGGAAUUCAAAAGUGUGGGAAGAUCCGAUGGAGUUUAAGCCGGAGAGGUUCAUGAAAGGCGGAGGAGGAGGAGUUGAGUUUGAUAUAACAGGGAGCAAAGAGAUAAAGAUGAUGCCAUUCGGAAUAGGGAGAAGGAUGUGUCCUGGAUUUGAACUAGCGAUUCUUCAUAUGGAAUAUUUCAUUGGGAACCUGAUAUGGAAGUUUGAAUGGAAAGAGGUGAAGGGAGAGGAAGUUAGUCUGUCGGAGAAGGUGGCCUUCACGGUGGUUAUGGAAAAGCCUCUUAAAGCCAAAAUAAAUCCCCGGUGAAAUGUGAACCUAAAUCUUUCCUUUGGCUACUCACCCCUAUUUAAUAAUAUUUCCCUUCCGAUUUCCUACCUAUUUCUUAGUUUAUGUUUCAUGUUUUCCAAGAACUUAAGAACGUGAUUUAGGGCUAGUUUGGUAAGUUUCUGUUCUCCUUGUUUGAUAAUUUCUGUUUCUUUUCUAAAAAAAUAAAAAACAGAAACAAAAAACGUAUUUGAUAAU